AUGGCGAAAAUUGUUUUUGACAUCCGAAUUGCGGAUAAGAUAGAAAAGGUGUACGACGAUCUCGACACGAAUGUUCCAACAGGUAUCAGUGUUUUCCAGGCUGCAAUGGACGAAAUUCCUGACGGCUGCUAUAUUAUUGGCCAGGUUGCAGUUUGUCAAACCAACGCAGAAGAUGUGCCCGUAUCAUCCGUAAUUCUGGUGAAGCCUUCGCAUCCCGACCUCAUAAGGCAUCCAGUGAAUUACCAUCAGGAAUGGAAUGAUAAGGGCUCUGGAGGAGCGAAGAAUGGUUCAUUUUGGAGAGUCAACACCCCGAAUGGCUACGUGGCAUUGGGCGACGUUGUCACAAACAGCUACUUGCAACC